UUUCAAACGAAACCAAUAAGCAAACCGAAACUUUAGCGAGGACGGGACAGAGCUGUGAUUGGUUAGAGUACAUCACGAGAUACAGUGAAAAUAUCAAAUGUAAACAAACAUUUUAUUAUGAAGAUGCACGCAGGCUCGGGAACGGCUUACAGUCAUUUUCACAUGCAUACAGUUAGAUAAACCAUCACAUCAUGACUACUAACAGUGUUAUAGUGACUACAAAUGGCUAUCAGCAUCAUUAUGAAUUAUUAAAUGGCAAUGAACUUCUGUCGCUGUCUCCAGUUGAAAUUGAGUACCAGUCUGAGAAUUCCUCUUCAUUAUCAUAUACUGAUCUAUCGUGUUCAACAAGUAUGGACAUUCCAAGUCCAUCUACUGCAUCUUUGAGCUCUACAGCUUCUAAUUAUCCUGAAUUAACCAUAGAGGAAGAGUUAAAAGAUCAGCUUCGUUUUCGUUAUAAGAGUGAAAAAGGCUGUCACGGAGGUUUAAAACCAAUUAUCAAAUUACAUAAAUAUGAAAGUUAUCAAAACAUAUGGAUUAAAGUUACCCUUUAUACUUGCGGAAAUAAUCCAACAUUACAUGUUUUGGAACUUGAUGGGAAAGAUUGCAAGGAUGGAGUUGGUUGGAAGCAACUUUCUAAGGAUUUCAUAGCAAAAUUCUCUUCCCUGUCUAUAUGUAUGAGAAAAAAAGAUGAAGUUUCUGAAUUAUUGAAAGGAAGAAUAAAACAGAAAUAUAAGGAACAAAAAAGAAGAAUAAGUGACAAGGAAAUAGAAAAAGAAAUCCAAGAAAAAAUGAAAACAUUCAAUUUAAAUAGUGGUUUGCUUUAUUUUGAAGCAUUUUAUGACAAAGAUGAAAAACAACGUGUAUGUGAAGGAAUCUUUUCACAACCAGUUUACAAUCAAAAAUGUACCCUUGCUGGAGAAUUAAAGAUAACACGAUUGUCUAAUUACUCUGGAACAACAAAAGGAAAUGAAGAUAUGAUAUUGCUGUGUGAAAAAAUCCGUAAAGAUGACAUUGAAAUCAUUUUUUCCUGUAAGAAUAUGAAUUGGGAAGAAAAAGCGCCAUUUAAUCCUGCUGAUGUCCAUCAUCAGGUUGCUAUUCCUUUCAAAACACCAAAAUUUCCACAAAAUGUAGAACAAGAAGUAGAUAUUAGACUAUGUAGAAAAUCUGAUGGAAAAACUGGGGAGCCAAGGACAUUUCUUUAUAGGCAAAGUGAUGAUUAUGAUGAUGAGUUACCUUCGAAGCGUAAAAGGCCAAACCCUCCUGAUGAUGUUCCCAUGACAAUAUCAGAAAUCCAGAGUGAAGCAUGUACAAGUACUGUGUCUGAUUACGACAAUAUACCGAAUUUGAGUGAAUUGGACUUGGAUAGUCUUUUAAAGCUCAUGGAAACUUGUGAUGGCUCUGAAAAUGAGGACUAUAGAUUGCCAUUUGAUCAGGUGACUGCAGAAGGUAUCCUAAACAUGGCAUCUCUAAAUCUUAGUGAAAACUCUCACGUGAAGAAAGAAAAAGCAGAUCAGGAAUGGACAAUUAGUAAUACUAGCUGCUCUGAAGUUGAGCCGGCUCAAAUGCUGAAGAGUGGUCUAAUUGAUCUCCUAAGGAGUAGCAAAACAUUUUUAAGAUUUUUACCAGCUCUAUUGUCUAUGAAAGAUGAAAAUGGAAAUACGUUACUUCAUUUGGUAAUAAUUGAAAAAAGUGAAAACUUACCUUUGGUUGUAAAAAUGGUAGAAGCAGCUGCAGAUGGCACCCUGAAUCAAACUAAUAAAGCAAAAAUGACUCCACUACACAUAGCUGUCAGUAAAGGGCUUUGGAAAGUAGCAAGAAUUCUACUAAUGUCUGGUGCUAACCCUGAUAUUAAAGACAAAAAUGGGAAUACUUGCACUCACUUAGCUGCAAUGUAUAGUUUUCCAUGGUGCUUAGGGGAAAUAUUAUCUCCCUUACUAGGAAUAGAUAAGAAGAAAAGAAAACAUCUUCCAAAUGUAAAUCUCUUAAAUUAUGAAGGUCUCUCACCUUUGCAUCUCGCAGUCCAAAAGGAGUCUCAAAUAUGUGUGCAGCUUCUUAUUAGAGCUAAAGCAGGAAUCCAAAANGAAAAAAUAAAGAGAACCCAAUCAAUUCAGAUCAUUUUAAUCUCUGUUUACCUUGGGGGUCUAUUAUAA